AUGUCUAAAAACGAAACUGCUGCUAAGAAUCAGCCUAUGAUUAACCAAUAUAGAUUUACUCAGCUUCAGCAAGCAGUUGCUAACUCUUUGAGUGCUGUCUUAACUAAGUUUGAAGAAAACUGCCGAUUCUUAGAAGCUCAGCUUACUAGAUUUGGAGCUAAAAAAGAAUCCUACAAGCAAUUGUUUUCAAGCUACUCCGAAGUAUGGUACAACUGGCUUCAAUAUGAGAUCGAAAAAUACGAGAAUGACAGGUUUUCAGGUAUAGACCAUCCCUAUAUAAUUGACCCUAACCAGCUUUAUAAGCUUCAAAACAUUGAUGAAAUCUGGAAAUCCUACGAUCUUUUUGAAGACAUCAGAGAAAUCGUCUGAAAAAUCCGCUUCAAUCAGCUUGCAAAAAAUAAAAUUGGGAGCUGAAACGACAAAAAGAAAAAAGCAUUACUUUUAAAGCUCCUUGAGCUCGGCGCAGGAUUAAUAAUCCCAGGUAACAAUUGCAGGAUUGUAAAAGAAGGUCCUUAUACUUGUAUGGUUUUUAUCACAACAAUUCUUCCUAAUUUUAACGAAAUCAUACUAUUAGCGACAGAGCUAGAUAGGCUUCCAAUAGUCCGUGACAAUGCAGUGGUUCAAUAUGAGUUUCAUCAUUAUUUGAAAGUUAUUGAUAUAUGUAAAAGUACAAAUGCAGUUGAUGGUUCCAUUCAAGACUAUCUUUUUAAAAUUUCAGAUGAUGAAGAUAGUUAGUUAGUUAGUUUUAAAAGGCCAUACGUGUGGGGGAAACCAGCGGACCUCGACACCUCAGCUCGAAAGACGACCCCAGGUCGGGUUCUGAUGAGACCAUACUCCCAGGCCCGACACCAUCUUGAUUUCUGGUCAAAACCACCUGUCCAAGGGAUCAGCUCCUUUGGACAGAGCCACUUCUGUCUGAGUGCCCCGAUGGUCCCGAUGAAGGAAGACCAUGUGGUAGGAAAAACCUGUCUAGCCCGUCUGGCAGGGACAGGGAAAACCUUCGGGGGAGAAAUAAAAUUUCCUUUUCGGUACGGCUUCCCCACAACUGAAGGCUUACUUAGGACAGGAAUGGUCCUACCAGCUCCAUAGGAGGUGCGCCUCGGAGUCAAAUUUCCGUCAACGUCACCAUUUUAUUUCUUGAUGAAGAUAGGAAUAUUGCUUAUGAAGCAACUGCUGAAAACAAUCAAUGGUACCCAAGCUUUAAUAACAGCACAAGAAAAGUAGGAGAUCUGCAUUAUCCUAAGAUAUUUCCCAAGAUGUAUCUGUCACAAUGGGAAACUGAGAACAUUGUAUUUGACCCAGCCACAAGCAGAUGAAUCGGCUCAAAAGAAGCACCAAUCGUGUCUAAUAUCAAUACUAAUAAUGAGCGCCAAGAAAAAAUACUCCGAAUGCUUGCUCAAACCACAAGCUGCAAUGAUUUUAUCAAUCUCCUAAACACUAUUCCUAACUUUCGAAUAAAACUUAAGUUUAAGUUUAAUUUUAUUGAAUUACUUUAGCAUUUUUCAAUGCAUGAAAGUCCCCUUUACUUUGAGGUUCAGCUAAAUUAGCAGCUCUGAACAACGAUAGGUGAGUCGGCCUAACCGUUGAACCGUUAAAGUUAUAAGCUCGUUAAGACUUCUCUAGUCAGUACCAGCCUCAGCACCGACCCUUCUCUUAAAGCCGAGACUCUCAAGAAGAUUGGCUUCUCUCACUAAGCUCGGUUUAUAGGUCCAUCCUGUUUGUGACAGGAGCUAGGACCUAUCCCUAACUGACAUUUUUAAUAUUGUGCGAAUAAAACUAACAGAAGAGCAGCAAGAUUUAAUAGGCACGCCUGGAAAUGUGCUUGCCAUUGGCAGGUCUGGUACAGGGAAAACUACAUGUUCAGUCCUUAGACUAUUUUCUGCUGAAGUUGUUUUCCGAUAUCGCUCACAGUCCAAGUCAAGAAGACUCGGCCCAGAAGACCUCGACCGAUCUUCAGAGCUCCACAGUGUUUUCGUCACAGCUUCCCCUGUCCUCACAAAUGAAGUAAAAAGAUUCCACGAAAAACUAAAUUUCCAUUUAAAAGAAGAACUCAAGCAUAAAGAAGAAAUCCUCAAACAAAAAGCAGAAAUUGAAGAAAUUAAGCUUGAGCAUCAAGACAGUGAAGCCAAAGAUAAAGAUAAUGGCUAUGAGUCAGAGGAAGAAGAAGCAGCUGGGCCUUCUUCUAUGGCUUAUUUAAAAGAUGAAGAUUUCCCGUUGUUUGUAACUGUGAGAAGACUGAUAUUUAUGAUAGACGCUACGUUAAGGAAACCAUUUUUCAGUAGGGAUUUAAAGGGGAAUGUGAUUGGCUCUAGUGUGAAUUUUCAAUGGCAUAAUGAAUUUAAAGGGGCUUUACAAAUUAGCAGUGUGUAUAAAAAUGAAAGAAAAGCCCAAGAAGGGUUAGAAUUUUCUGAUUCUUCUGAGGAAGAAAAUGAAGGGUAUAUUGAUGAAGAGUCUGCUUUGGACGCCAAAAGAGAUAAGCUUUUAAAUUCGGUUCAAACUUGUUUUGUUGAAAAAAAGAGGCCAUAUGAGAUAGAUUUCAAAAUUUUCAAAGAAAAAUUUUGGCCGAAAAUAAAAGGCCAAACAAACAAUUCUGCAUUAGUGAUGUGGACUGAAAUUUCAGCUUAUAUUAAAGGCUCUGCAAGUUCAUUUACAUAUCCGGGGUAUUACUUGCCUAAAGAUCUUUAUGCGCGUUCAGAACGAAAAGCAUCGAUUUUGACAGUUGAAGAAAAAUGCAGAAUAUGGGAUUUGUUCCUAAUUUACGAGAGGUGAAAAGUAUACUGCUUAUGAUGAAUACCUGGCUAAGAAAUAUAUAUAGAUUGCUGAUGUCUGGAUAAUCAAAAAAUGUUCCUUAGUUAGCCAUUCAUUGUGAAGCAGCAUAGACCAAUGUGCUUAUGACUUCCAAGAUGUCAUUAAUUAUAUACUCUCUUGCAUCAGAUUGACAGGAUAUCAAGGAAUUCCAAUCCACUAUAUGAUGGUUGAUGAGGUGCAAGACUUGACCCCUGCCACUUUAUAUUUAUUAAUCCAAGUCACACAGCAAAAAUUAUUUUUCUCUGGAGAUACAGCUCAAACAAUAGCGAAAGGUGUUGGAUUUAGAUUCUGCGAACUAAUUCCUUCUCUUCUUGAGAACGAGCAAGGACUUUUUGCUUAUUCUUAAAGGGGCUAAUUUGUUUAAAAAUUAUAUUUUUUAUUCAAAUUUUCAAACAUGGGAUUUUAUAGUGGAAGCUCUGUAAUAUUUUAAUAGAAUUAUUUAGAGUAUUUAUUAAAUAUAAAAUAAAAUAUCUUUUAUAAAAAAAUUAUAUUAGAGAAAUUUUUUGCUUCCUCAUUUAUCUAAUGAUUUUGCUUGCUUUUAAGGGGAGUAAGCAGAUUAUUUAAAGAAUCACACUUGGUCCUUCCUACAAUAAAGCAGCUUACAGUGAACUUUAGAUCUCAUAAUCAAAUUUUAGAGCUCGCAAAUUCUGUUAUUUCGCUGCUAGAAACACUGUUUCCACAGACUAUUGACAAGAUGGACAAAGAAAGAAGCUUAACUGAUGGUCCUAAGCCAAUUCUAAUUGACAGUGGAAGUACAAGCAUUUUACUGUCUGUCUUGCUAGGAGAGCAACAAAUGCAUUCUCAAGGUGAAGUCUUAUUUGGUUGUGACCAAGUGAUUAUUGUGAGAAAUCAAGAAACAAAAGAAAAAUUGCAUCCUCUUCUUCAGCAUGCACUAUGUUUGACUGUAUAUGAAUCAAAAGGGCUAGAGUUUGAAGAUGUCAUUUUAUAUAUUAUACUUUAGAAAUUUUCUAUUCAUUAUUUUUCUAUGAGCUAAACUUUCAUUAUUUUAUUUGAGACAGAAAAAAAAAAAUUUUAAGCACUUAUACAACUUUUUUACUGAUAGUGAAGUCUCAAGAGAUAAAUGGAAAAUUUUAUCUCAGAUGGAAAAAUCAGAUGAAAGAUCUGACUAUAAAGUAAACAGCUUUGAGGAAUUAGAAGAAGGAGUGCCAAAAUUGAAAUGCGGCACAUAUAUUGAUCAGAGUAAACUAGCUCUGCUAUGCACAGAACUAAAACACCUAUAUGUAGCCAUUACAAGGCCUAAGUCAAGACUUGUUAUUUAUGAUGAAAACCCAGACGCAAGAUUUUACAUGCAAAAAUUCUGGGAAUAUAUGGGAGCUCUAAGCAAAGAUGAUAUUAUAAUUGGAGAAAAUUUGUCAGAAUCCUGCACAGAUAUCACUAAAAUUGCAAAGAAAACUGACUCAGAGUCGUGGAAAAACCAAGGGCUAAGAAUGAUGUCUCACAAAUUUUACGAUCAAGCUGCCAAGUGUUUUGCGGCAUCUGGAGAUAAAUCACUUGAAAUGAAAGCCAUUGCAUAUUCUAAUGCAAAUAAGGCAACAGAACUGCUAACUGAGGCAGAAGCAUUAGAAAACCCUAUUCAAGGAGUUGGUGAUAGAAAAGGAAGUAAAAAGAAAAUCAAGGAAAAUAAAGAAAUCGCAAAAGAUUUAUUUGCCAAAGCUGCUGAUAUUUUUUCAAGGCUGGCAUUAGAAGAAAACAAUGAAAAUGCGCAAUUCCUUACACUCUCUAUAUAAAUAAGAUAAUUUUUCCUAUAUAAAUAUUACUUUUUUUUUAAAUAAUUUUGUGGUGAAAUUAAAAAGCAGGCUGCCAGAUGUUAUGCCUCUGCACAAAAAAAUUUAAAAGCUGCACAGCUUUUUAAAGAAUCUGGCCUUUUCGGCCAAGCAGCUGAAGCUUAUUUAUCUGCAGGCAAAUAUGAAACUGCAGCAGAUAUGUUUAAUGAGAAAAAAGAGUACAUAAGAGCAAUACAAUGCUAUAGACAUGGAAGAAAAUGGGACAAGCUAGUCCACUGUAUAUAUAAAUCCAAAGAUUUAAUGACAAAAGAAGAAAGGCAAAAAUAUAUUUAUAAAUACGUCCCUGUAGCCCUUGAAGAUCUAAUGCCAAAAAUUCUCCCAGCUGUUGAAAAAGAAACUAAAUUUAUAAGCGAAAUCAUUGAAGAAGACAAAGACGAAAUUGUUGAAGAAGAAAAUGAAGAAAUUGAAGAACCAAAAAUAGAAGAAUCUCCAAAAAAUGUUAUAGAAAGCCAGCAGUUAGUUAUCAAUGAUAAUGAAAAUAAGCCACUAGGAUUAUCUGAAGACAGCCAAUCACAAAGCUCAUUUUAUCUUCUUGACAAGUCAAGCAGCGACAGUUUCAGCCUUCUAGGCUCUGAAUGCAAUAAUGAGCAGCUUAAAGAAGCUUUAGCAGACGUAGACCCUGAAGAUGAAUGGCUUCAAAUUGAAACAGGAUCAAUCGUUGAAUCCUUGUCGUCUGCUAUCAAUAAAGAUGGAAGCUUACUGUCAGACUACUCAAUUAUAGAAAACACCCAUGCAGCAGCCCUCAAUCUAGGAGGAAAACUUAUAAAUACAAGGACUGACAUUUAUGUGGAAGACGAAGUCAUGAGAAAAAUAAUUGAAUAUAUAAGCAUGUUUUCUGAAGAUGUAGGAGCUUAUUUGAAAUCACUUAGGUCUGCAGAAUCUUUAGUAAGCUCUCAGCAGCUCUCAGAAGAAUGGCAGCUUGCAUCAUUAGUUGAUUUAGAUGAAAUUAGUCCAGAAUUGCUUGGGCUGCUUCUAUCCUAUGCUUAUUUAGUUAUAAUUUUAUAGUAUUUAAAAAAUUUAUAGGAUAAAUUCAGUUAAAUAUGUAUAUAGACACCCUAGAAGAAUUUGGACUCUAUAAGAUGUGCUUAGUCGUAUGCAACCGUUAUAACUUAUCAGAAAGACUUGGGAGAUAUGUAAUCUCAAUAGGCUUUAAAUUUUCAAAUAUAUCGUCGAUUUAUCCUUUAGAGAUUAAGAAGCCUGGAUUUGAUGUGGCACAAGCUCAUAGAGCCGUUAUUGCUUAUACAGGAGUCCAUAAUGUCUUUGAGAUGAUAAACCCUGAAUAUCUUAAUCUUAAGCAGAGUUUAGAUAGAAAAAACAUCGGAAUUGAAGCAUUUCAAGGACUUUUAUUGAUGGGGUACUGAAAGAAAACGAUUUAUAUUAUGGACCAAGAAAAUUCAUUAGCGGUUGCUUCAACUUUUGCAGAUUUUAAGAACUUUAAGCACGUUUAUUUAGCAUUUGAGAAGUCCAGUGAUGAAAUUGUAGAGAAAAUAAAUCAUGAAGACUUCUCGUGGUUGCCAUUUGAAGUCCCAAAAACUAAAGCUGAAGUAAAAGCUGCCCAGAUUGCAUUAGAUUCCGUGCUCUGGAACUUAAAUGCAUUAUACCCUGUCACUUUAAACCAUGCUUAUAUCCAUUCAGAGCGGACUAUUAUUCCUAAAUUCCCUGAAUAUUUUAUCUACAACUCCCAGCUCUACAACUUUAUAUCUCACAAAUCCCACAAAAAGCUAUUCCAAAGCUACUUAAAAGACCUUUUUAAGGAAACCAAAGAAAUUUUCAAUAAAGGUUUCUUUAAAUCAAAUUUCAGUGACAUUAAAGCAUGGGACAUUUUAUCGUGCUACACACAGUUAUUAUACUUCAGAACCCACCCACAAGUGGAAAUUGAAUUCAAAAGCAUGAGCUAUUACAAUUUUCAAGAAUUUUUGAGGUCAGUAAGCAUGAUUGUUAAUUUCUUACAAUUUAGCUCCUCAGCUUUAGCAGCGAAUCCUUACUUUGCGAAAAUCGUUUUUGGGUUACUAUCACCAUUAGGAGUCCGACAGAUUUCAGAGUCUACAGUUACAAGGGCUCUUCCUUAUUUAUCCCAUGCUGUUGUUCAUAAAGCUAGCAACUUAUUAAAUGAUGGUUUUGGGGCAGAUGAAACCUAUGUAGCAGACGUUGAAGGCCAAUUUUUACUAUACCCAAUCUCAGAUUUACAGAAAAAACUAGCCAGGGAGUAUGUAAAUGGGGUAAACCAUUUAGUCAAUUUACGAUACCAAGCUAAGAAAAACUCAAUAAAGAUCCUAGAUCUCGCUAAUUUGUAUGGAGAAGCCUUUAUGAGAGACUUCAUUAACUCUCAGCUUACAAGUCGGCCUUAUACUUUCAGUAAGGUGUCUACUGAUACUUAUUCGUUAUCAAAUGAAGAAAAAAAGUAUAUAGAUAACAAAAAGGCGUUAAAGAAAAUAUUCGCAGGUGCAGAGGACGAUAAACAUAUGCUGGAAUUUAUUAAAGCAAGAUAUAGAGGACAUAUAAAAUGGUUGGAAAAAGAAAUUGCUAAUUAUGAGAGAUGGAGAAACAGGAUCGGAGUAGAAGACAAAGAUGAGCUGUUUACGAAAAUGCUGGAAAAUGCAAAAUAUGUGUUUUUUGAUAUACCAAAAAUUACUGAAAUUAGCAAGCAUGCACUAUUUACACAAGCCCAGGUGCUUAUAAAGGUAUCUGAAGUACUAGAAGACAGAUUUAAUAUAGACCGAUCACUUUUUAACGCUUAUACACUCUGCAAGUUAAGCGGAAACUUGCUUUAUUAUCAAGAAAUGCUGAAAUCCAGAUAUCAGACUAUCAUAACUCCUAAUGGACAAGGACCAAACAUAUCAUAUGACUAUAAAUAUGCAUUGAGCUAUUUAGAUAUUGACAUUUAUAGCCAAUACAACUGUCCUGAUGAGAUCGCUAAAUCGAUAUGCUCUCUUUUUGAAGCUCAGUUCACCAACAUAGACCUUACUCCCCCCAAUCCUUGAUCGAACGAUUGACUGUAAAAAUUCCUAAAAAUUUGGGAAAUUAACCCUCAUCCUUGAUCGAACGAUUUUCAUAUCAUGACAAUUUUUAUAUAUAUAAAAAUGUAUUAGUUAUUAAAAGCUUGGGAAGAUGUGCAUAAUGAAGUUGUUUUCAGAGACUUUGAAUCGACAAAAAGCUUCGGAAUCAACUAUUCGAAGUGAUUUAGUCAUCAACCUAGGCUUAAAAACUUAAUAAUCUAAUAAAAUAGAGAUUCUUUAAAAUUUUUAAAACAAAAUUUAAUUUAAUAAUAAAUCAAAAUAUUAAAAAUUGGUAUUUUUAUGAAAUUAAUUCGAUUUUUGCUGUAAAAAUAAUUAUUAAAUACUCUUAACCCUCUUAUUUAAAAGUAAAUAAAAAAAAUAUAUAUAUAUAUAUUUUAUUUUAUAUAUAAAAUGUUUUUCCCAAAAAAUUUUUUUUUAGCCCCCAUCCUUGAUCGAACGAUGGCGAGUCGUUCGAUCAAGGAUGGGGGGGGGAGUUAGCAGAAAAAUAAUGCUGAUAGAAAGAGCAGUCUCAAACUGGCUUAUUUCAUUAAACACCAAUUUAUUAAUCCCAAAACACCUAUGCCAAUAUAUUCAAAGUCCUAUCAAAGAUGAUGAACUUCACCUUUCUGAUAUUUCAAGAGGAAAUGCAAGAAAUUUGGCCCCAGAUUUAAUGAGAUGGACUGUUAAAAUCCUAAAACAAGUCCUAGGGGAAAGCUCUAAUAUAGAUAAAACAGAGAGCAGGAAUUUUAUCUAUGAUGCUUAUGAUCUCUUCGGGUUGCUCGCUACAUGGGGAAUUCCAAGAGAAAUAAUCGGUGAGAUUCGAGGUGGAGAUACUGAUAGAGCAUUUAAAACUGCCUCAAAGAUUGUGCAUUCUCCAUCUUUUAUCAGAAAAAUUGACACUUUAAAUACUAUUGGUGAGCUGCAAGAUUACCAAAGCGAGCAAAGAAAGAAAACUCAAAGAAAAGGGUAUAUAAAUUUAUUCCAUAAAUCAGUAAAAGACAGCAAAGUUUCUAUAGAGGAACUUAAUACAGCAUGGUUCAAUGAAGUAAGGCUAUUAGCAGUCCAUCAUCAGUCUGCAGCUAAAAUUAAAAAGCUUAGAAUACCAAAAUUCAAACGCAAUAAAAUCAGGAAUAUUUUAGAGCUUGUAUUGUUUUCGUCGAUUUCUGAAAAAUUAAAUGUAGCUUAUGAUAAACUUCCAGCUUCUAUAUUUAGAUUAUGGAUGAGCUCAAGGAAAUAUUUGAGACUUUUACAUAUUACGAGCAAGUAUCAUACUGAUUUAUUGAAUUGUUUAUAUAAGAUGCCGUUAAAGAAAGCCUUAGAUAUGCACUUUUUAUUAAGCCAAUUCAAUUUGAUUUCGAAUACUCUUAAUAAUUUGGAAACAAAUAUAUCGAUUCAGCCACCUGAUUUCGCACAAAUUAUUUCGAAUUCGGUUAAAGAGACAGAAGCAGCUACAAGCAGAUUGCAGAGUUGGAAAAUAAUGGUGCUGCCAGAAAUAAGAAAUAUAGAAAAUAAUUCGAAAAGGAAAUGGAAUAUGAAAUGGAAAACCAAGAUUACUAGUCAAAGAUCAGCGAGAAAAUAUCGUAGGUAA